AAAUUCGCUGGAAAAUGUUGCUCGUGUCAUUUACUCGCUGAACUGUCUUGACAGCGAGUUCGUUAUGUCGUGUAACGCCGCAUGGAUUGCUGCUUUGUUCAUAUUGAUCGGAUCUGUUUGGUCACAGGAGAUUAUUUCCGAUGGAAACCAAAGGCCGGAACCAAGAUUUGGAUUUCCUCUCCUCGAUUCGUUGCGAAAGACUUUUUGCGACGAUGUGUGUAAACAGUUGGAUCUUACGUCGUAUGCGAUAAAUGUGGUAUGCUUUCUCAAAUGCCCCGAAUUAUAUUUGACUACGUCCACGACGGGUUCAACGAUGACAGCGUCGAGUUCACCAGCUACAACAUCGACAGCAACAUCGGGUUCGUCGACAGAAUCGGGUUCAUCGUCAACUUUGGGUUCGUCGACAGAAUCGGCUUCAUCGCCAACUUUGGGUUCGUCGACAGAAUCGGCUUCAUCGCCAACUUUGGGUUCGUCGACAGAAUCGGGUUCAUCGUCAACUUUGGGUUCGUCGACAGAAUCGGCUUCAUCGUCAACUUUGGGUUCGUCGACAGAAUCGGCUUCAUCGCCAACUUUGGGUUCGUCGACAGAAUCGGCUUCAUCGCCAACUUUGGGUUCGUCGACAGAAUCGGCUUCAUCGCCAACUUUGGGUUCGUCGACAGAAUCGGCUUCAUCGCCAACUUUGGGUUCGUCGACAGAAUCGGGCUCAUCGUCAACUUCGGGUUCGUCAACUUCGGGUUCGUCAACAGUAUCGGGUUCAUCGACAACAACUUCGGGUUUAUCAACAGUAUCGGGUUCAUCGACAACAACUUCGGGUUCGUCAAUAACAGUAUUGGGUUCAUCGACUGCAGCCUCGAGUUCAUCAACGCAGUAAUAGAGUUCGGUAGAGCCAAAUUCAUCAACACGAUCACAUCUGUAGUCGACGAAAUGAAUACCUAAUGACGGUAAUCAUAGAUAAAAGUCGAAUGGUAGCUUUGCGACUAUAUGGGGGAAGUUUUAAUACACGUCUCUAUAGAAUGCAACGUUUUUGAUAGAUGUGCUCCACAUCGGUUGAACAGUGGCGAAGAGUAUAAUUUGGAAGUAAUUUUAAAAAAUUAAGAUUCUGUAUUGUUGCGAUUCUAUGGGUAUGUAUAUUCCUAUAUUUUAUAUUGAUUUUGCAGUAAUAAAUGUAGUUGAAACAUG